AAACCUAUCAUGUUUAUGUAUUCUUCUUUUUUUUGAGUAAUGUUUAUGUAUUCUUCUUAAAAAUUGAUAAAUCCUAACGAGAAGCCGAUGGGAUUAGCCUAACACGAAGUGUAGGAGCCUUUGGAAGUCGAUAAAGUAAAAAAGAAGAAGAGAAAACAAGAGCCACUAGUAAGGAAAAGGGGAGAAUCAAAAAAUGAAAGCACAAAAACUGAUAAAGAAAACAAGAUUUGCAGAAAAGGAGCCAAUACAGAGUUUUGUGGCUUAAAAUCCCUCCACCUUUGCUGAGAUGUCAUGUCUCUCCCACCACUUCCUCCUAUUUCUUUUGCCUACUACUACUGCUCUGUCGCAACUGCAAACCAAACUAACAAUUACAAGAAGCUCCCCUGAGACAGAAAAAAAAAAAACAAUCUUUUCUUCCUUUGAUUUUCUUGACAAACAGAUCAAGAAAGACAUGUCAGAAGUUAAGGACCCUAGUAUCAAGUUGUUUGGCAAAACCAUUCAAAGGUUUGAUGCUCUUCUGCAUCAUGAUAAGCUCAUCUCCUCUUCUAAGGAUCCAAUUCAAAAUACUCCAAUUCAUUUAGACGGAAAGUUCAUGAAAACUAAAGAACAAGGUGAAUGUAUUGAAUUGAUAGACGAGGACCCCAGAACACCUGAUAGUUCUGCAGAAGAGUUGAUAGGCCAGGAAACAUCAUCAGGUAUGACUGAAGAUCCUAAAAUACCCAACGACAACAAAGAAACCGUUUCACUUGAAACAGAUAAUAAAGAAGAUCAAAGUGACUUGAGCAACUCUGAUGGAAAGACACUGAAAAAGCCUGACAAAUUACUCCCUUGUCCCCGAUGCAACAGCAUGGACACAAAAUUCUGUUACUACAACAAUUACAAUAUUAGCCAGCCUCGCCAUUUCUGCAAAGGCUGUCACAGGUACUGGACAGCUGGAGGUACAAUGAGAAACGUGCCUGUUGGUUCUGGUCGUCGCAAGAGCAAAAGCUCCACGGCUUCACUUUAUCGUCAUAUAUUGACUUCAGAUGCAGUCCAAGUAGCUAGGGCUGAAGCUGCAAAUAGGAUCAACCAUCCCACUGCCAGCGUCCUAACGUUUGGCUCAGAACCGCCACUCUGUGAAUCCAUGGCCUCUUCAUUGUUCCUUGCCAAUAAAUCACAAAACUGUGUCAAAAUCGGAUUUAACAGUGACAAGCAACAAACUCCAGUAACUUAUAGAAAUGGAGAAAAUGCAGAUGAUUAUUCCUGUGGAUCUUCUAGCACAGUUCCCAAUCCAAUCGAGAAGGGAUUUAGUGGUGGUCCGGAAUCAGUACUACCAACCACUGUGCAGGGAUCACCUGUCCAUGUACCUUGCUUUCCUAUGCCUCCUUGGCCAUAUCCAUGGAAUAAUGCUGUUCAAUGGAGGCCUCAGACACCACCUACUACUGGUCCUUCAGUAUAUCCUGUAUCUUUCUAUCCACCGCCGCCCUACUGGGGUUGCAUGGUACCAAAUUCUUGGAACAUGCCAUAUCCAUCUCAACAACCAUCAUCACCAAACCACCCUGCCCUUAGGUCCAGUCCCAAUUCGCUUACACUGGGAAAACAUUCCAGGGAUGGAGGCAUGUUACGACCAUCACAGCCAGGAAUGGGAGAUCCCUUGAACAAAAAGGAUCCAAUAAGACGCUUGCUGGUUCCCAAGACCUUAAGGAUUAAUCAAUCAAUUGGAGCUGCUCAAAGCUCUAAAUGGCCAACCUUAGGAAUCAAGACUGGAAAUACUGAUUCAGGCACUGGGGCUAGCCUGACUAAUGCCUUCUUGCCUAGAGCCACCAAGAAGAAUCACAUAAUGGAAACAUCUCAGGUAUUGCAAGCAAACCCUGCAGCCAUGACUCGGUCAUCUAACUUCCAUGAGACCACAUAAACAAAACUGAUUGUUCAUGUAUGAGUUUUUCGACGACAACAUUGAUGGAUCGUACUGGUGUUAGAUAUUUUUAAAGGCUUACCACCAAAGUGCUUUUUAACCCUUUUCUUUACUUGGUCAUAAAUCACACUCAGAUUAAUAUCUGGAGACGAUCUGGCAGUGCUCUAAUCUGGAGAUAGUGCCAUAUCUGAUAUGUGAAUUAGCUGCUCCUCUUGCAUUAGAUUCUCAACUUGUAUAAGUUACUUUUUCUCCUUAGUUGCCAGAAAAGGUUGAUGCAGAUAGAUAGAUAAUGGAAGAUAAAAGGAAUAAAGGUAGGGAAGAAACAAAGAGAUUCUUGUUGUACCACUGAGCAAAUGCAGUUGAAUAAUUAUAAAUCGAAUUUGGUUCUUCA